UAUGAUCGUUAUGUCGGCUGUCGGUGUUCUGUUAGGGGAGAAAACUGAUUGGGGAACUUCAAAGAAGAUAAUUGGAGAAUCGAAUUUCCUAAAUAGAUUGUUAAAUUUCGAUCGAGAUUCAAUUGGAGAAUCUAUUUUCCAAAGAUUAAAGAGGUUCACUGGUCAUCCCAAUUUUACACCAGAAAAGGUUGGAUUAGUGUCGAAAGCUUGUAAAUCUCUAUGUAUGUGGGUACUAGCCUUACAGAGAUAUUAUGAAGUUCAUAAAAUGGCGAAACCGAAGCAAAAGAAAUGCGACGAAGCCCGAGAAGCUCUUGAAUUAGCCAGAAAAAACUUAGCCCAGAAACAAGCUAGCUUAGCGAAGAUUACACAACAUCUACAAAUGCUGAACAAGCAAUACGAAGAUUCGGUUAAUCAAAGGGAAGAAUUAAAGCAACGAAAGGUUCUAACUGGUCUUCGUUUAAAAAGAGCAUCAGUUCUAAUAACUGCACUUUCAAAUGAGAAAGAAAGAUGGUUAGAAUCUGUUGCAAGCUUAGAGAAACGUUUAGAGAGUCUCGUAGGUGAUACGUUAGUUUCGGCAAGUUCUAUAGCCUAUUUAGGAGCAUUCGAUACAAUGUUUAGAGCGAAAUUAAUAGAAACUUGGAUGGAAUUGUGUAGACAAUUUAAAAUACCUAUUUCAAAGAAUUAUUCUUUGAUUAAGAAUAUGGUUACUGAAAAUCAGAUAUUAUUAUGGCAAAAUGAAGGAGUACCAUUAGAUAGUCAUUCAACUGAAAACGCUAUCAUAAUGCAACAUAGCAGAAAAUGGUCUCUGUUAAUUGAUCCGCAAGGGCAAGCUUUCAAAUGGCUUAGUAGAAGAAAGGGCUCUGAACUAAAAGUUCUACAGGCUGCCGAUUCAAAUUACAUGAGAACUAUUGAAAGAGCACUGAGAACUGGAGAAUGGGUUCUUUUACAAGAAGUAGGAGAAGUCCUAGAUCCGUCUUUAGGACCUAUUUUAUCAAGAAACACUUACAUGAGAGGUGGAAAUACCGUUAUUAGAGUUGGCGAUACUGAAAUAGAGUAUAACGAUAAUUUUAGAUUAUAUUUAACUACUUCUCUCGGAAAUCCUCACUUCUUACCAGCAGUUAGUAAUAACGUAACGAUAAUCGACUUUACCGUUACUUUUGAUGGUUUGCAAGAGCAGCUUUUGUCGAACGUUGUCAAACAGGAAAAACCAAAUUUAGAAAUGGAAAGAAGACAAUUACUUGAGAGUAUUGCUUCAGAUUUACAAACGUUACGUAAUUUAGAAGAUAAAACCCUAAGUUUAUUGCAAAAAUCAGAGGGACAUAUUUUGGACGAUGAAGAUCUGAUUGAAACACUUCAAAAGAGUAAAGUCAUGUCGAAAGAAGUAAGCGAAAGACUUGUUCGUUCUGAAGAAACGGCCAAGAAUCUUAAUAUUGCUAGGCACGAAUAUCUUCCAGUUGCAACCAGAGGAGCAGUUCUCUAUUUCGUUCUAGCCUCCCUUAGUAAUGUAGAUAUUAUGUACCAAUUUUCUCUAGAUUGGUUUCAGAGAAUAUUUUCAACUUCUAUUACUACGAAGCCCAUUGUCGUCGAUCCAAAGCAGAAAAGAUCUCAAAUAGAGCCUGGUAGAGUUCGACCACUAUCAGCAAGGAGCACGGAAGAUCAACCUGUCAAUUUAAUAAACCAUAUGAAUUCUAUGAUCGAAAGGCUCACAUGGAAUGUUUACAGAAUCGUUUGCGUUGGUUUAUUCGCUCAGCAUCAAUUGACAUUUAGUUUUACCCUUUGCGCAUCAAUUAUGAGAUCGAACGAUCGAUUUAUAAAGAGAUUACAAGAGGAAAAAGAAGAGAGGCAAAAAUAUUCAAAAUUAUUAAACAUGGGAAGUAUCACGGAUGAACAUUGGAAUAUAUUAAUGAGAGUUUCUAUCUUGGCUAAAUUAAUGACAGAAGAAACGAAAGCAACACACGACGGCCUAACUCCCAUGCAAAGAUUAGAAGUAGCAAAUACUGGUAAACAGCCUGCCAGACAUCACAGUAUUAGCUCGGAGAAAUGGCUAGACUGCCAGUAUUUGGAGGCUACUCUGGAGUCUUACGCCUUCCUUCUAAGAUCAUUUUUAACAUGUUACGAACAAUGGGAUGAUUUCUUCCAAGCUGACGAACCCUACGAAUAUCUUUCGCAACCAUUCGAUACCAGGAAAUUACCUGUCGAGAAACUCGAUACAACCGUUAUAUUUCAUUGGGAAAAAUUAUCACGUUUUGAAAGACUAAUUCUCAUUCGAAUUUUACGCCCAGCGGCCUUCACCUUUUCAGUGAGAACGUUUGUGGCCCAACAAAUGGGUAAUAAAUUCUUAGCCACUGGAGCUGUCGAUCUAAAUAGUAUGUUCCGGGAAAGUGACGCUAAAACUCCCUUAAUAUUUAUACUAUCUCCUGGAUCUGAUCCGGCCACCCAACUUUUAAGAUUCGCUAAAGAAACAAGAGGUUCCACAUUACACGUAGACAUGAUAUCAUUGGGUCGAGGACAGGGUCCAAAAGCUGAAGAGUUAAUGCAUAAAGCUCAAAUACUGAAAGGACGUUGGGUAUUCUUACAAAAUUGCCAUUUAGCCGCAAGUUGGAUGCCUAAAUUACAAACUAUAGUUGACGGAUUCAAUAGAUCUGGAGCGGAAAUGGAUCCUAAUUUUAGACUGUGGUUGAGUAGUAAGCCAGACCCAAGCUUCCCGAUAUCAAUUCUUCAGACUGGUUUAAAAAUUACGGUUGAAGCUGCUGUUGGAGUUAGAGCACAUAUUCAAAGAGUACUUGGAGGGGGAACAAUUAGUGAAAAACAAUACGAAGAGGCUUUAGGUGACGAUAAUGGAAAAUCUUGGAGAACUCUUCUAUUCUCGCUAUGUUUAUUUAACGCCGCUUUACACGAACGUCGAAAAUACGGUACACUAGGGUGGAAUAUUCCAUAUGAAUUUAACGAUUCAGAUUUAGAAGUGUCUGUAUUACAACUUCAUCAGUUAUUGAUUGACAGUAUUAAUGAAAUUCCAUGGAAAGCUUUACGCUUUUUAACAGGUCAAGUAACUUUUGGUGGAAGGGUAACAGACGACUGGGAUCGUAGGUGUUUAUCCCAUCUCGUUGAUAAAUUUUAUAGCGAAAACGUACUUGAACCUGGACAUACACUUUCAUCGGAUGGAAUUUAUCGUCCACCUCCAGCUGAUUUUACAUUUGCAGAUGUUAAAGCCUAUGUAGAGAAUCUUCCAGCUUCAGAUAGUCCCGAUUUAGUUGGAAUGCAUACAGAAGCCCAAGUAGCUUAUUUGGAAACUCAAACAAAAAAUAUAUUAGAAACAAUAGUAUUAAUGCAACCUAAACAAGGUGUUGGAGGUUUUGCAAAAAGCUCUAGUGGAGAUGAGUUCAUUUUAGCAAUGUCGGAUGAUAUAUUAAAGAAACUUCCACCGAAAGUUGACGAAAAAGGCGGCGGCGACAAUAAAUUACUUACCCUAUCAGAAAUCUUACAAAUUGCGAAUGGAACCUACUUAACAGGCCGAAGUAAGAAAGAAGUUCAAACUAAACGGGACAAAGAGUACACAGACUACAGAAGUCGACUUUUAAAGUUGUACUUUAAAAUACAUAGGAAACAAUCGUACAAUCUAUAUCAAACUAUAGAUAAGAUAAGGCGGGCUUUUGACCCGGCUGCUUUGACUUUUGAAGAUAUAGCGACACUGGAAACUAUGUACCCUCAACAAAUAGCUCAAAUUUCAAAGCUAACAAAUUCUGCCCUUUUCACUGUUCUCCGACAAGAAAUGGAAAGAUUUAAUCGUCUUUUAUCAAUCAUUCAUAAAUCUCUUAAAUCCCUUAAAAAAGCCGUAAAAGGAGAAGUUGUAAUGAGUGAGGUUCUUGAGGACGCCUAUUCGGCGUUACUUAAUCAAAAUGUACCUACGAAAUGGCGUCAAAUAUCUUACGAGUCAUGUAAGAAAUUAUCUUCGUGGGUCAUCGAUUUGCGCGAAAGGGUAAAUUUUAUACAGAAAUGGGUCGAAACCGUUGUUAACGAAGUGGAAAAGGUUCUUAAAGUUCCAUCACUACACAGUAAAGGUGGUAAAUUACAAGAACCUGUAGAACUAAAGAAAUUGAAUGUUUUCGAUACCCAACCGAGAUCAUUUUGGCUAUCAGCAUUCUUUUUUCCCCAAGGAUUCUUAACUGCAGUCCUCCAGAAUCAAGCCAGAAAAAUAGGUCAAUCAGUCGAUUCUUUAACUUUCCAAUUUGAAGUUUCGAGAAAUAUUCUAGACGAAGAUGAACUGAAUUCAACCCAUAAAGCAGAUAUCAUAAAAGAUGCUUUUGAAGGUUUAGCACCACCAGAAGAUGGAGUUGUCGUCUUUGGUUUAUUUAUAGACGGUGCAAGGUGGAACUUGGACAACCACUGUCUAGACGAGGUUGUAGUAGGCCAAAGAAUAUCCAGGCUACCUGAGAUCCACUUUAAACCAGUUUCAGCCCAACAAUUAAAUCAUCAAAAAAUUGAAAAUUCAACUGAAAAAAUACCACCAAAAAGACUAGCAAGUGCUAAAAGAAAAUCAGUACCAAGUGUAGAGCAUCUGUAUGAUUGUCCACUUUAUAGGACGUCGGCAAGAGCUGGUGCUCUCUCGUCUACGGGGCACUCAACAAACUUUGUAAUGAGCAUAAAUCUUCCGUCGAAAAAGGAGGAACAACACUGGAUAUUGAGAGGAGUAGCUCUCCUCACUCAACUAGACGAUUGA